UGUUGCAUGUAUUUAAAAACCUUCUAUACAUUAAUGUGUGCCAAAACAUAUUUUACAAUCAAUUUUUGUUCUUCGCAGUUUUUGUCUUUUCUUCCAGCAAGUUAAAGCCAUGAUCAUGCUUGUUGUUCUGCUGAUCGCAUCAAUGUUUUGCCAAGGUCUUACAGAAGUGGGCUAUGGAGACAACUUCAUCACGGCCUUUCCAGAGAACCUAGGUUUCUUCUAUCCGUGGUAUCCCUGGAACCUUUUAAAAGUCACGGCCCUUCAUGACCAGACUACAUUCACAGUCUUCUACAAAAACACACAGAAAGCCUUACAAAUCCAGCAGUCAGGACAGACCAUGAAUGUGCAGAUUCCAAAAUCUGCUGAAGUAUAUCAGCUUGGCUCUUCGAUCGCAUCUGUCAGAGUUACCAGUGACAAAAACAUCACAGUGGUUUCUCAAAGUUGGCAGGCAACAAGCGUCCAGACCAAUGUCGUCCAGCCCACGGUUAAUCUCGGUACAGACUAUUUGAUCCCUCUGCUGGAUUACCCAGGGUAUCUUGAAUCCUUCGACCUUCCUAGGCUUGUCAGUACAACCAUGAGAUACAGCUCAUUCAGGUUACUCAUUAUCAAUGCUGUGAACAGUAAAAACACCAUCACUGUAGUCAAGCAAACAUCAACAGAUGCUCAAGAAGAGACUUUCGAUAUCGAUCCUUACCAGCUGUUCCAGCUUCAGACCAACAAUUCCGUGCUGAGGGUCAGAUCUAGCAAAGAAGUAGCUGUGAUAUUGACCCACCCGUGUGUAGAGACUGCAGACUGUUACUGUAACAUGAUAAUGAAUCAGAUUCUUCCCACAAAGUUUCAGGGUCGGAGCUUUAUCGUACCAUCCAUCUUCAAUGUGGCCGAGACCCAGUUACUUGUGCUGUCAGAAAACCCAUCUUCGCUCUUUCAUGAUGGUAACCAGUUAGAAGCUAAUGCCUCAGAUCUUCUGCCGUUUUCAAACCUGGAGACAUCUCAACUGGUAAAUGCUUCGGACAGAGUGUCCCUCAGACUUGUCAGUCUGGGCCUCAUUGUGGAGUUGAUCCCAGACACCAUGUUUUUUGCUUGCUACCUGCUGCAGUUUUCUACACAAAAUGGCAGGGCUGUGGUGAUAGCUGAAACAGACAGCAAAGAUGAUGUGCGCACACAUAAUGGUUUGCUAUCAGCAUCUAAAUGGACUGCAAUUGCCGGCACAAAGUACUCUUCGACUGAAGUAACUAUUCAAGACCGAAGUGCCACAAUCUGGCAUCCAACCUCAAAGAUUGCUGUUUAUAUGUUGGAAUAUGUGCAUGCGAAAGUACUUUUUGGAGGCCCAGCUAUACCCAUCACUGAAAAACCAGAUCUUCAUGGCUGUGCGUUGGUUCCUGGAGCAUUUGCAGUUGGACCUGACCCUCUGAGUUGGACGCAGUCGUUUGAGUUCUGCAUGAAUAAUGGAAAUCAGUUUGCCUGUCCUGUAAGCAAAGCCGUCCUGAAGGACAUGGCUGAUAGCCUGACCACGAAGGACGGGACGGGCUGGAUCGGUCUCCGCCGCAGUCUACUAACUACAGAGUGGUACUGGCAGGAGGACUAUGAACCCAAUGUCAAUUACGUCCACUGGGACGAUGGGCAACCACUGGACCUUUUGAAGGGCUUAUGUGCUUCAAUGUCCCUGGACCCUAAAAAUGAUUUCAAAUGGCAGAGUGCACGCUGCUGUGAUAAAAAGAAGCCUGUCUGCUACAAAAGGCCAGUAUGCCUCAAUCCUUCACAAAACUGGUUUCUAAACACUAUUCCUUAAGUUUAGUGCUUACUAGUAAUGCUAUUCUUCUUUAGGCU